AUGGCAGAGUUGAAGUCAGAAUCCUCAACUGCAACAGUUGAUUACAAUGUCUUGGGACAAGCAUUGUACCAUUUGGUUUCUUUUUUUGAGGGUUACGAUCAGCAGGUUUUGUCUAUGUGCAUGAGGGCAUUUGAGUUAACAUUGGGUUUUUCUCAAUCCCAAUUAUCUACGUUGGCAACGGUGUCUACUAUGUCCCGCAUGGGUUGCUGCUUAAUUUGGGGUUUACUGGCAGACAGACACAAUUCGAAUUUUGUGCUUGGCGCUGGUUUAUUAGUGAUGGGUAUCGCUUCAAUUUUGCUGGGCUCUGCGUCACACUACAAAGUCAUUCUAUUUUUGCGUUUCUUACACGGUUUCGGAUUUGCGUGCGUCUACCCCGUCCAACAAAAGAUUGUUGCAGAUUCAACCGGUUCAGGGGACACAAACAAUCAACAAGGAACAAGUGGUUCAGCAGGUGUACAAAGUGCACAAACAUCAGAAGAUCCCAAGAAAAAAAAGGCCAAAAGCAUAUUCACGCGCCUUCAAGCGUUGAAUUGCAUUGGACGAUUGCUAUGCGCCGUCAUAACAACGAUUAUUGCACGCAAAGUGUUAUUGGGGUAUUAUGGCUGGCGUACGUCGUACGUUGUGUUGGGUUAUGUCUGGAUUUUGUUUGGAACAGCUAUUGUAUUUGGAAUGAAAAAUGAGUUGAGAAAAAACGGAGAGGACUUGCAGACGCUUAUAAAGAACGCCUUUGAAGCAGUUUUUACCAGAAAAACUGUUUUGAUAUCAAUAUUUACCAUAUUCAUCGCAGAAGCUCCCAUGUGCGCGUUUAAUUAUAUGACCAUCUAUCUGCAAUAUUUGGGAGUAUCUGAUACAAUGGCAGGUGUUGCUAUUGCCGUUACAUUGAUCGGUGGCGCAGCUGGAAGUGUGGCUGGGGGAGAAUGCAUAAAGAAAAUUGUGGUUUUGUCGGAGGAUUACGGUGAACUUGCUUCUGGAAUCGCAGUGAUGGUUGUACGACUACUUGUAUGUUUAUUAUUCUUCUUUGGUAAGGCUCCAUGUGGGAAUUUGCUUUGGUAUCAUUACAUAGAGUUGGCAACGCUCGGGGGAACAUUAGUGACGCUCGGUGGCGUGGAUAGGGAAAUUAUGAAGAAAUCAAUCGAAAAUAAAUAUCAGGCAACAUCAUCGGCCAUAGUUCGAACCAUAUCAGGAAUUUCAAGUAGUAUUAUUCUAUUUCAGGUUUCUGCAUAUUUGACGGAGAAGGUGUUUGGUUACGUUCCCUCCAGGGAAGCGUUUGAAACAAUGGCUACGGAUAUCAAAGAAAGAAAUGCUGAGGCUUUGAGGAAGUCAAUGAUGUACAUUAUUUUGGCUGGGACAUUGCUUAACGUCGUUUGCUACAUUGCGAUGUUUUUCACAUAUCCGGAAGAUAAGGAAAAAGUUAAUAAACCUGCUCAAACAACAUCAGGGCAAAAAUAA